AUGGGUUCCCUCCUCAGCAAAACCAAAUCCCCCAAACCUACCACCACACCCGAAUCCAAACCCUCCAACAUGUCCUUCACACACUUCUCCAACGCGCAAUCCUCCUUCAAACCCCCUCUCAUCGCCAACGAAAACGCCUAUCUCGGCGACAUCGCGACGUCCGAGCCCAACGACCCAACCUCGCCCAUCUCCGCGGGUUUCUAUAGAUUGGAGAAGGGCACGCCGCUCGUGUAUGAGUAUACGUACCAUGAGAUGAAGAUUAUCGUGGAUGGCGAGUUUGAUAUUAGUGAUGAAAGUGGGCAGAAGGUGCAUGCUGUUAAGGGGGAUGUGUUUUAUUUUCCUAAGGGAAGUAAGAUCACUUUUACGACUGAGACCUUUGGAUUGGGGUUUUUUGUUGGGCAGAGAAAGGAGGGAGCUGCGUGA